AUUGCUCUUGUCUUUUGGAAAGGAGGAAAUACUCUCUUCCACGCUGCUUCACUUUUACAAAAAUUUAAUAUUCACAAGGACAUGAAAAAACAAUUUACUGGUGAGGAGGCGACCGAUCAAGCUACGAAAGUCUUAUUGGCAACGCUUAGCAUACCCGAUGGAGCUGAAAGGCCUUCAAUUUUGACAAAACAUUUAGAUAUAGAAGAGCAGCAUGUUGCCAAUACAAGAAUUCUCUCUGCACUUUUACGUAUGCCUAUUAUUCCAACUCGUAAUGGAAUUUUGAAAGAGAUUGCUCGUUUAAACAUUCCUGAGAUUGCAGCUCCUGAAGCUUUUAAAUUAUAUAAAUGUAUUGAAUUUGAUUUUGAUCCUUUACAUAUUGCCGUCAAUGUUCAAGAAAUGCUUUUAGUCAUUGAACAAUUGGGUGAAAAGUUGGGACAUUCUGAAUAUGGUCAAUACUCUAAUUCUAUUAAGAAAACUGUGGCUGCAAAAAUCGUGAAACAGGUUUUUUAGUUAUAAAUUAGAGUUUGGGAGCCGUUAGCACUUAACCUGAUAUUUCUGUAAAAUUAUUUUUUCUGGACAUUGAAAAUUUGCUUGGGGCUUAUCAUAAAAUUUGGAGCCACAAUUUUGGGUGUUUACUUUAGCGUUCCUAACGCAAAGCUGGAUUCGAUAAAUAGUCUGAUUCGAUGAUUUCGAAUAGGUUGUAGCUCGGCGGUAUAUUGGGCUCGCGGUUGAGUU